CUGAUUUUGAUCUGGCAAUCCUCCAUCAACUUCCGACGCGGAAGCGACAGUGCACUAGUGUUUUGUUGAGAUAUAGAUUUUAGAUAUAGAUUUCUAGUAAUCACAAAGGACAAUUCGUGAAUUAAAUAUUAAACCCUAAAGAAAAAUUGUUCUACUGAUCUCUCCAGAUUCGAGUACAAUAGGAGGUUUGUGUCUAAAUUGAGGGAGGGAACCAAGUGACAGCCAGCUACACCUUAUUUAUGUGUUUCUCGACGGGACUACCGGGCGGCCGUGAAUGCCAGUAAUUAAGACGUGUGAGACUUCAGGACAACUUUACAAUGAAGUGAACUCAGCCCAGUGUAUCAAAACAUUAAAAGUAUUUGUUUAGGAAUAAUUCAUUAUGUCCACGCCAGGAUAUCCUGCUUACUAUUAUGGAGACUCAAAUACUGGCAGUGUCUCCAACCUUAGUGAGGGAGGAAUGCGUCGGUAUGCAUCAAAAUCAAGCAUUGCAGGUGGCCAAAGUCUUACUGGCUCUAGAUCUCUCCUCUAUGGAAGCAGAAGAAGUUUGUAUUCAACAUACACGAUGUCUGGCAUGUCUUAUGUUCUUCCUAUUGUAACUAAGCAACCUGAUCCAUGGAGACGUCCAGCUGACAAUUGGCCUAUUGCUUUUAUGUCUUUGUUUGUUAAUCCCAUUUUUGGAAUUUUCGCUAUAUUGUUAGCAGAACAAUCUAAGAUCUAUUACGCAAAGUGCCAGUAUAUCAAAGCUUCGCAGUAUGGGUCUUAUGCUAAGGGCACUGCAGCUGGUGGCUUAUAUUGUACUUUUAUCCUUGUGCUGUGGAUCCUUGGAGCAGUACUCCAUGAAAAGUUCCGCUACAACUAUUGAAUUUAAAAUUAUUUCCAGUUUAAAUUGGAUUCAUCUUUUUACAAUACAUUCCCCAAAGAAUAGGCAUUAUUAAAUAUAAAAUUUAUUUCAGGCUUCUAAAACAUUUCCUUGGUGAUUUUUAAAAUUUACAGUCAGCCCGAACAUAUAAAAUGUUGCACCAGUUUCUCCUUCAUUUUUAAUAGGCUGAAAUUUUUUAAUUGUGUAUUUUUAAAUUUAUCAUUAUAAUUUGGUAUGUGAAACAAUUUAACUUUAUUUACUUCAUUAAUCUUAGAAUUAAAGAUUCUAUUGUUUUGUUUUCAUAAAAUACACUGACAAUAAUCUGUUGUUGUUUUUUUCCUUUUAAAAUGUUGAUUUACAAUAUCAUUUGGAAUAUUGAAUAGCUGUAUUAAGAAAAAUUAACCAAUAUUUUAUUGUAUUUACAAAAAAAAUAUAAAUGCUUAUUUACUGUUUUUUACUGUGUCAAGUGUUCAACAAAUUUGCAAAGAAUAUUUUUUUUUUAAAAAGAUAAAGGUAAUUAGACAUGUGAGAUGAGUUUUCUAACCUUAGAUAUGUGCUUAAUAAAUUGUUAUUAGUCAUCAUCAAAUUAGCAGAGUCAAUGCUGAUCCCCCAGUAUUAAAAUUAAAGUUACCAUUAUAAAUUUACAGUACAAAAAUUUACAAUUACAUUUUUUUUUAAAACUGACCUACCAAUUUAAGUAGGAUCUUAAAAUGUAAAAAUUGCAAUGUCCUAAUAGUUAUUCUAAAUGUAAUUUCUUUUGUAAAGGAUAAAUUCCAAGGACUUUUUCAGUAUAGUUAAACUAUUUCAAUUCAGUGCUUUGUUAUUGUAUAUAAUAUAUAUAUAUAUAUGUAUAUACAUCGUAACAGAUGGAUAUAUAUAGUGUGUGAGUCACAAUGUAUAAAAUCAGUGGCAUAGCGAGGUUGGGUGUCACCCAGUGCGGCACUUAAUAGUGUCACCCCCCCCCCCCAGAGGCGUAGCGACCCUUCCCGGCGACCGGGGACAAACUUUCAAGUUUCGAUUUGCACCCUCACCCACCCCUUGUCGGGAUUUGUCAAAUUUGCUCUUAAAAGACUUUUUAACACUCGAAUUAAUCACUUAAUUAAUUUAAAUUAUCAGUUUUCUCUAUAUAUUUUUCAAUUUUUUGCCUUGGUGUCACCCCCCUAAAUGGUGUCACCCGAUGCGGUCCGCACCCCCCCCCCCCCUCGCUACGCCACUGUGCGGCCAAUUUUAACCUUUGCACCAUCCAUUUAUUAUAAUCAUGUCUAAAUUUAAAUUUGUUUAUUUGUUCAAAAUGUUUUAAGAAAAAUUAAAGAGCAUUGACUA